AUGAUUACCACUUUAAGUCAAAGAUCCUUGAAUUUAUGUCAUAGAAUCAACCCCGUUGGCGAACUCCUAUUACGGAAACAUCACCUAUCAGGAAUCCGAUAUGCAUCACUGACUUCAAACAUCGCACGCGCAGCAAGAAAGUCCGCCGCUAUAGAUUCAUUGAGAGAUAAAUAUAGCCGCCCUUCAAGGGAUGACAGACGUCCUGGUACUUCAUCCUUUGGAGAAACCCGAGACAACAGACGUUCAGCUCCUUCAUCGUUUCGAGAAAGACCAACCCCGUCAGACAGAUUUCGUCGUCCAUCCUUUGAUCGUGGUGGAGACUUCAGAGACAACAGACGCAAUAACGAUGACGCCGUGAAGCACGACAUUUCUCAUAGAUGGGAAGGCAGAGGGAGAAACUCCAAAGCCAGUGAUUCAUCUAGUAAAAAAACCGGCAAAGGCGCUAAUAAUGUCAAACGCAGACGAGGCAAGCAGCACGAGCCCACCGACGCAGUCCCGGAACGAGUAAAGGCCCACGUAACCGUGCCCGAGACGAUACCCUAUACGACUCCAGCAUCCGAGUUUAUAUAUGGAUUAUCGGCGGUCGAGGCAGCUUUGCGAUGCACGCGCCGCAAGUUAUACAUGCUAUACAUAUAUCAAGCGGCUGGGGAGGAACUUAGUCCUGAGAGGAUUGCUUUGCGCAAGUUGGCACUCGCACGAGGAAUACAUGUCAAGAUGGCGUUUGCUGGCUGGGACAGAAUCAUGGAUAAAAUGAGCACUGGCCGUCCUCACAACGGCCUUAUUCUGGAAGCGUCGCCUAUGCCGCAAGUCCCGGUUACUAGUUUGCAGUCCGUUCCUUCGCCUACAGAUGAAUACUUUGACGUUGGUCUGGAUAAGCAGUCUGUCGAGGAAGCUGAGGUGAAUGGCUCAAGUAAUCGCAUUGCUCGCGUGGAACGAUUUGAGGAAGUCGCCAAGUCUCGAUAUCCUUUGGUCAUCCUUCUCGACGGGAUUCUCGACCCUGGAAAUAUGGGCGCUGUCAUUCGGUCUGCAUACUAUCUGGGUGUCGACGCACUCGUCCUGACAGGCCGCAACUCCGCGCCCCUGACACCAGUCACAAUCAAAGCAAGUGCAGGCGCUGCCGAAAAUAUGACAAUACUGAAAGCCAACAAUGAAGUCGACUUCAUCCGCCGAUCCCGCGAAAACGGUUGGCGCUUUUAUGCUGCUGAUUCCCCCGAGAACGUCGCCGAUUUGGCCGCGACUCAUGGCACAUUGGCCGAUGACACAACAUCUAUUGCCUCCAAUAAUACAAAUCAAAGUGCAAAUCUGUUGACAACCGCGCCAACCGUCCUCAUGCUCGGCAACGAAGGAACGGGUCUAUUACCUCGCAUCAAAGCUCAAGCGGAUGGCUUUGUCUCCAUCCCUGGAGCUCGUAUCCGUCCCGAUAUGGGAAUUAAUGAUGCUGCUCGUGUCGAUAGUCUGAAUGUUAGUGUUGCAGCGGCGUUGUUGAUGGAGAUGUUGAUGCGGGUUCCUCUUCGGGUUGCGAGUGCUGUGCCGGUCACGUCGGCUGGUUCGACCAAGGCUACAACAGAGACUCCUCCAAGAUCUUUCGAUUUCAACUAG